CUUGGCUGUGGUCUGCAGCAACGCCCCUGUACCAUAUGUGCGACCGGUAAUUCACGAGUUGGGUACAGGCAAGAUAGUACUCAACGGCACGAGACAUCCGUGUCUAGAGAUCCAGGAUGAUGUGUCCUUCAUCUCCAAUGAUGUCAAGUUGAACAAGGGCGAGUCGUCGUUCACCAUCAUUACCGGUCCAAAUAUGGGAGGCAAAUCUACCUACAUUCGUCAGGUAGGAGUUGUGGUACUCAUGGCUCAGAUCGGCUGCUUUGUACCGUGCGAUAGCGCCGAAAUCUCUGUCUGUGAUAAGAUCUUAGCACGAGUGGGUGCGGGCGAUAGUCAAUUGAAGGGCGUCUCCACAUUCAUGGCGGAGAUGCUGGAGACGGCAUCCAUCCUCAAGUCGGCUACCAAAGAUUCACUGGUGAUAAUUGAUGAGCUGGGCAGAGGAACAUCAACAUACGAUGGGUUUGGCCUCGCCUGGGCGAUCUCCGAGCAUAUCUGUAAGAAGAUCGACUGCUAUGCCCUGUUCGCCACCCACUUUCACGAGCUCACACAGCUAGCAGAGGAGGUGCCGUCUGUCUGUAACCUGCACGUCUCUGCGAUUACAUCCGACCGUUCUCUUACAUUGCUGUACAAGGUCAAGGAAGGCGUGUGUGACCAGAGUUUCGGUAUACAUGUGGCUCAGCUGGCUAAGUUCCCAGACAAGGUUAUCGAGAUGGCAAAGAGGAAAGCCAGUGAUCUGGAAGAUUUUAAAGGUGAUGGCGAGGAUGAGGACGAGGAGGCUGCCAAGAAGGUUAAGCUGGACAGAGAGGAGAGUGAUAGGCAAGUAGACCAAUUCCUGAAGGACGUAAAGGCUUUGCCCGUGUCAACCAUGUCACCGGAAGAGACUAUGGAAGCCGUGCAGAAGCUCAGACAAGAGUUAGAAGCCAAGAACAAUCCGUGUAUAAAGAAGUAUGUCUAA